AUGGCUGCUACAGAUGAGAAGAAUCAGGCUAAACCACAAGAGACUCUGACAACGGCCACUUCGGGGUCGUCUACAAAAUCACAAACUCAGCCAGAUAAAUCCGAUAAACCAGAUAAUCUGGAAAACAUCGAGACCAAAUCAACAACUUUACUGAAAAGUGAAAAUAAAGGGAAAACCACCACCACUACCACUACCACUACCACCACCACCACGGGGACAUCGCCGCUGUUAACAAACAAUGCCAAUUCCUCUCCUACCAAGAACCAGCAGCCCAAACCAAGCACAGAAAAGUAUAAUAAAUUGAAAACAAAACUAACGCAGCAAAUUCUCAAAAAGCAAGAAAUAAUUGCUAAAUUGUCAAAACUAGAAGACGCUAUAUAUCAAAAAGAAACAGACUAUUUUGAGGAAAGUACAAUAGGAAAUAUAGUUAAAGGAUUUGAAAACUUUUCAAAACUAAGUGGCGGAGGAUCAGGUUCUGGAGCCGGUGGUGGUGGAUCAUUUGGUGGUGCGGGAGGUAGCUCUAAGAGACGAAUAGUGUACACAGAAAAUGACCAUAUCUUUAGUUUAAGCUCGAUCAAUUUUGUCAAGAACAUGAAAAAGAAACAUGGGUCGAAUUACAAUGGAUCAGCCGUGGUAAGUUCUAGUAAUGGAACUAGUACAAAACAUGACGAUUUUGAUGAUUAUGAAGAUUCGGUAGAUCCAGCUAAUGCACAUACAGCAGGGGUUAAGUUGACAUUGAACGUGGGAGCAGGUGGAGGAGGAGGAGGAGGAGGGACAGGAACAGUAGGAGCAGCAUCAACAGCAUCAGCAGCAGUUUCAGGAGCAGUAGGAGGAGGAGGAGGAGGAGGAGGAGACAAAAGUGAUAAUAGUGUCUCAAGCACACCAUCGCGGAAAAGAAAAGCACGAACUAUAGAAGAUUGA